ACAAAAGGAGUUACUAGAAAAGCCUGAGGAAUGGACAGAGAACUCAGGUUACACUGAAAGGCAAGACUUAGCUGCUGCUAGCAUAGAAGAGACACUCAGAAUGGCAUGCUGGAUUUUGAAUGAAAAACUCUCAGUCCUAUUAUUAUUGGUGUGGCUGGGCUUGAAUUUAUAUCUGUUUAUUGAUACCUUCUGCUGGUAUGAAGAUGAAGAUGCUUACAUUUAUACACGGAUUAUGCUGGGAUCAACCUUGGCUUGGGCGAGAGCUUCUGCAACGUGCCUUAAUUUUAACUGCAUGUUAAUCCUGUUACCAGUCAGUAGAAAUCUUAUUUCAUUCUUAAGAGGAGCAAGUGCUUGCUGUGGAGGAGCACCAAGGAGGCAGCUUGACAAAAACAUCGCGUUUCACAAGGUGGUUGCCUAUGGAAUAGCUGUAAAUGCAACCAUCCACAUUGUUGCCCACUUGAUCAAUAUAGAGCGGUACCAUAACAGCCAGUCAAAGGAAGCAGGGGGGCUGAGGAAUAAACUUUCUGGCCUUGGCAAGAGGCCAAAUGAAAGCUACUUGAACCCAAUCAGGACCUAUGAAACGAACAUAACAGGAGAGGCACUGACCACCAUAGCUGGAGUAACAGGAGUUAUGAUAACUGUGGCUUUUGUUCUGAUCGUGACUUCAUCCACAGAGCUCAUCAGAAGGUCGUGCUAUGAGGUGUUCUGGUAUACCCACCACCUCUUUGUGGUUUUCUUUAUUGGUUUAAUAAUCCAUGGUACAGGUCAGCUAGUUCGGGGUCAGACACCUCACAGUCUGCUGCUUCACAACAUCACUUACUGUAAAGAACACUACUUGGAAUGGGAGAAAACCACUCAGUGCCCUUUGCCGCAGUUUUCUGGUAACAAACCUGUGGCUUGGAAAUGGGUUGUGAGUCCUGUGGUGCUGUAUAUCUGUGAAAGAAUUGUUAGAUUCUGGAGAUUUCAACAGGAGGUAGUCAUUACUAAGGUGGUGACACAUUCCUCUGGAGUCCUAGAGCUUCACAUGAAGAAGCAUGGCUUUAAAAUGGAAGCGGGUCAGUAUAUCUUUCUGCAGUGCUCAUCAAUCUCACCAUUGGAGUGGCACCCCUUCACCCUCACCUCAGCUCCUGAGGAAGACUUCUUCAGUGUUCACAUCAGGGUAGCUGGGGACUGGACUGCAGCCCUCUUCAAGGCUUUUGGAGCAGAGGAGAAAGCUUUCAAGGAGUUGUGGAUGUUACCAAGAUUGGUUGUGGAUGGACCAUAUGGAUCUGCAACCACAGAUGUUUUUCGCUAUGGAGUGAGUGUGUGCAUUGCAGCCGGGAUAGGAGUCACGCCAUUUGCCUCUAUUUUAAAAUCCAUUUGGUACAAGUGCUGCAAUCCUCACACAGUAUUGGUGCUGCAGAAGGUUUAUUUUUACUGGAUUUGCCGAGAUCCAUCCACAUUUGAGUGGUUUGCUGAUCUUCUGUUCCUUUUGGAAACAAAAAUGAUUGAAAAAGGGAAAAAUGAUUUCCUAAGUUAUCACAUAUUUCUUACUGGCUGGGAUGAAAGUCAGGCUACUCACAUAGCCCUGCAUUAUGAUGAGAAGAUGGAUGUAAUUACUGGUUUGAGGCAGAAGACCUUUUAUGGAAGGCCAAACUGGGACAAUGAGUUCAAGCAGCUAGCUGAAAACCAUCCUAGCAAUAGUAUUGGAGUAUUCUUCUGUGGACCCAAGAAUCUCUCUAAGACCCUUCAAAAGAUGUGCAGCUUAUAUUCAACAGUUGAUCCAAGAGGAGUUCAUUUUCACUACAAUGAAGAAAGUUUCUAGAUUGUACUUCUCAACUCUCUAAUAGAGGAGGAGUGGGGGAAUCAAUUGCAUUUCCUCAGGAACAAUGAAAAGGAAAAGAAAAAUGUGACACUGCUUCAACCCAGCUUGCCCUAUGAAUAUGAAAGGAUAAAUAAAACAUGCAUUCAAAGAACGCAAAUUCAUGGUGAUCUAAGCAGCAUAGCAGGAGGUGGCUCUGGAGGUGCAUGACUGUAUGCAGUAGAGAUUAACUGUCUCCAGGCUGCUGUCUCUUCUCCUGACACUUCUCAAGCAUUCCAAUGCCAGGCAUGAAUCUGCGUUGGUCUUCAGAAACCAGAGCAGUUACAAGGUGGAGGGCUGUAGCAGGUACCGGAUAGUCUAUAGCCUAAACCUCCUGAGUGCUAAAAACUGGCUUAGCUAGGCAUUGUCCUACCAGUCAGGUUAUCCGUUCUGUAGCAGCAAUUUCGUCUCCUUAUGUCUGAUCAUUCAAUUGUCUGAGAAAUUCUGUACUUCUUCGUCUGUGGAAUAAAAUUGAGUGUCCACUGCAUUUAAGCUGCAGUCAUGAACAGAAACAUUUUCCAGGAAUGCCUACUUACACAUUACUUGCAUUUGAAUAUGUUCAAAUGAGGGUGAACUGCUGAUCUGCAUUUUAAAAAUAUAGCCAAAUGAGUCUGUUUAGCAUUAGUCUUCUUGACCUUCAACAAAUCAUCUCAUACAGUGAAAUAAAUUUCAUUCACACAACGGUUUUAAUGUAAGUGAACAAAUGUGUCAGUUGACAUGGAAACACAUUUUUUUCUCCUAUCAAAAGCAAGAAAGGACUAAAAAGCUUAGACUCAUUAAAAGAUAUAUAUUAAUAACCUUUCAGAAUACACAGAAACAAACAAAAGUUUUACAGUAUAAUGAAGCACUCAAACUAGCUUAUUUCAAAGGCCAGCUGCUUCAAGUAGUUGCAACUAUUAUUUCUAAACAAUAAUGAUUUCUAACGUGGUAAGACAUUUUUAUUCACUGAGGAUAAAAGCCCUGAGCCUGCCAGUCCUUACACAUGUGCCUCAAACUUACUUCAAACAAUACUUUUACUGUCCUAGAGGAUUAAAUAUGGUUCCCUUUGAUGAGCAUGCAUAGAAGACUAAUGUCAAGUUGAAGGGUGGGUCUGGAAGGCCAAUCUAUCUUACUCUCUUCUAUUCUAUUAAAUUACUGGACUGCCUUCAUUCUUGUGUAGACUGUUUCUCUGGUACAGUAAUUCUGAAUAUGAAAGAUAAUUUACAAUCGUAUUCACCUUAAGGUACAUGGAUAAGAUUUCAUUGAUGCACUUCUGCAAAAAGCCUGAGUUUUGGUGGUCUUGUAGCACCAAUUAUAAUCAAUUAUACUUGUCACAGGAACUUGAUCAACCUGCAACACUGAAUACUCAUUAAUUGUACAUUACUAUACAAUGUCAUUAUAUUUAGAUAAAAAUGUUUAGAUUGAGCAAUGCCUGCAUCUGCACAGUAAUGUUAAUAAAACAGUCAUGCAAUUUUCUGAGUUUGUGUGC